CCAACUGCGCCGCUGCCGGGCCACUGCUCGCUCUCUCUCUCUCUCUCUCUUUCUCUCUGCUCGUGCGCGUUGUGUCUCCCAUUUGUAGCUGGCAGCACCUUCGCCUCCGAUUUCUUCGACUAUAAACAAACUCUGUCCCGCUUUCGCGAUAGAUCGUUUUUUCGAGCCGAUUUACCGCGGAAAAUCGGUUGUACUGUGCACCCUUUUAUCGUUACCGAUAAGUGAGUUUUAUUUUGUGUGGACACACAGGAGAUCGGUAUGACACCGCUGCUGCUGCUGAUGAUCACGACGAUGCUUCUGUGAUAGCACAGGAUGAAUAGCUGGCCCGCGGAGAACCUGUUCGGCCGUGGCUGCUCGGAACUUCGGAAGCGUCAGCUUCAAUAGCCAGGGAUUCUUCUUACACGCGUAUACACACCGCUCGAGGAGAGAACCGCUGCACGACGAGAGCAUCGAUCAUCAUGUCGCACUACUGGACGGCUCUGCUGCAGCUCGUUGCACUGCUGAAUUGCGUCUUCGCGGAUUUCCGACACAUCUCCUACGAUGACUUGACCGACAAGAGGGUUUUCCAGCAGGACGGCGUCACCACAUACUCGCAGCUGCUCUUCGACGUCGCCAGACAGCAAGUCGUCGUGGGCGCGAGGGACAAUCUCUACCGGCUGACCUUGAACUCGCUGACGCCGCUGGAGCAAGCGACAUGGCCCGCGGCCAAGGAGAAGACCUCUAUGUGCCAGGACAAGGGCCAGAGCGUCGAGGACUGUCACAACUACAUCAAGGUCUUGCUGAGCAACGGCAAGAGCCUCUUCACUUGCGGCACCAACGCCUUCAGUCCCGAGUGCACCUGGAGAAAGAUCGAGAACAUCACCGUCGUGACAUCCCGGAUGACUGGCGUGGCGAUGUGCCCUUACUCGCCCCACUCGAACGUUACGGCGAUACUGGCGCGCGGACAGUCGGGCGGUCUUUUUGCCGGGACGCCGACAGACUUCUCAGGCGCUUACCCGGCCAUCUACCGCUCACCGAACCUCCGUACUCGCCAGUACGAUUCCAAAUGGCUCGACAAUCCGCAAUUCGUCGGAAGCUUCGAUACCGACGACUACGUCUACUUUCUCUUCAGGGAGUCCGCCGUGGAGUACAUCAACUGCGGCAAGCGAAUCUACUCGAGGAUCGCGCGAAUCUGCAAAUACGAUCCUGGCAGCACGAUCAUAAAGGACGUCUGGACGACCUUCAAUAAGGCUCGGCUCAAUUGCUCACUUCCCGGCGAGUUUCCAUUCUACUACGACGAGAUUCAGGGUAUGGCUUACCAGCCGGAGGAAGGACUCGUUUACGCCACCUUCACCACGCCCAGCAACGCUAUUGCCGGCUCAGCGAUCUGCGCUUUCAACAUGUCGUCGAUAGCCGCGGCCUUCGACGGUCCGUACAAGCACCAGGAGAGUCCUGGCGCCGCUUGGGAGCGUAAACACGUGGCCAGUCACAGUCAGUACAAGUGCGGACCCAACAGCGGCUCCGGUGACCGGCAGCAGCCGCGCGACGAUUACCUUCGCUACCAGCUGAUGGACGAGGCUGUACAGAGCGUGACACCUCGGCCCCUGCACACCGCAACCCUCGAACGAUUCACGCACAUCGCGGUGGACCUGACGCCGACGAAAGUCCACCGAAGCGUAGCAGUGCUUUACGUCGCAACGACCGAAGGUCUGAUCAAAAAGAUCUCAGUCCUCCCGAGGAACUUGGAGACCUGCAUCAUCGAAAUCUGGGGACCACUGCCCUCGACUCCGAUCACCCUGCAGUACCUAAAGGAGACCAAGAGUCUCUACGUGGGAAUGCAAGACUCUCUGCUCAGGAUACCCACGGUCCAGUGUCACCGCCAUCGAGACUCGCAGUCCUGUAUCAACGCCCAGGAGCCCUACUGUGGCUGGGACGAGCUGGCCCUCAAGUGUGUUCCGGCUUCAACGCAGUCACCUGGAGGUUACCUGGUCAAUCACUGGAAGCAAGACGCCACGAAGUGCCCGGUACUCACGGGGCCGAUCAAUGGCGGCUGGAGUGCCUGGAGUGCAUGGCACAGCUGCCAGCACGAAACUAGCCAGCACGCGACGACUGGACAUCAUUCCAGGUCAUCCGACGAGGAGAGCUCGGACCACUGCCAGUGUCAGACGCGUGAGUGCAACAAUCCUCCACCGCAAAACGGCGGCUCAACCUGCCACGGUAGUCGGGUACGCGUGACCAACUGCACGGUUCACGGUGGCUGGACCGCCUGGUCGGCCUGGUCAUCUUGCAGUCAGAGCUGCGGCGACGCGGUGAAAACCAGGCGUAGGACUUGCACCAACCCAGCUCCUCAGCACGGCGGCAGGAUAUGCAUCGGCAACGAUCACGAGGACACCUACUGCAUCCAGCAGCCGCCCUGUCCGAGCGGGCCGGUCCAGCUGAAGCCACCGCAGAGUCUCGGACCCCAGAGGGGAGUCUGGUCCGGAUGGGGACCGUGGAACGCCUGCUCCAGACCCUGUGGAGGUGGAUUCAAGAUGAGAAGGAGAACCUGCGAGAGCCAGGGACGCAAGGACAGCAACGUCGAGUGCAUCGGUUGCAACUUCCAGAUCGAGGAUUGCAAUUCACACGCCUGUCCGGAUACGAGGCGCUACGCUUACUCACCCUGGCAGAGCAGUGGCAACGUCUCGGGUGUGCGCACGGAGCAUCGCUAUCGAUUCGCUUGUCGCGCCCAGACGGACGAUCCUUCCAGCGUCAAGAUUCAGACGAAGGAGGAGGAGAGACAUUGUCGCAGCGACGGUUCCUGCAGCAGGAAAAGCUCGCCGGGAAGUUCCAUCAACAUAGACGGCAGCCUCGACAGCGCCUGGCCCGAGUACACCGCUUGGACGACGUGCAGUCAGUCCUGCGGAGGCGGCACGCAGACUAGGAUAAAACCAUGCGACACGCCGCCCUGCGACGGACCUAUAACCGAAACCCGAGCCUGCAACACAAAACCUUGCCGUUCUCUGGUCUUCGAGACUGAGAUCCCAGAGGGUCAGUGGUCAUGUUGGAGCGACUGGACCGAGUGUUCGGUAUCGUGCGGUUUCGGAGUACGCAGCCGUAGCCGCGAGUGCCUUCAGGGCUCCGGACGCUGCGACGGACCAUCGCAGCAGCGCGAGUCCUGCGAAAUGCCCAACUGCGAAUACUAUCGCGGCUGGCACAGCUGGUCCUCGUGGUCCCGAUGCGAUGAGGCCAACAUGCAACACCGCAAGAGGAAGUGUCUUGUCGUGCCAAGUGACGUCGAUUGUCUGGGACCCAGCAAACAGAGCAGGUGGUGCAUCAACGAUCUCCUGGAUAAUGAAGUGAACGCACUGCCAUCGAGAGUUGAGGUGGCCGGUGUGUCAGUGGGCGCAGUGGUCGGCGGCUGCAUCGUUGGUUUCCUCCUAGGUCUGCUUCUAACCACCGUCAUGUGCAUCUACUACCUGCGACGCCGCAAACCACGUGUCCCCGGAAGCCCGCACUACAUCAGCAAGCAGAAUCCCUAUGUAACCGUGCCGUUGAAAGAGGUGAAUACAAAGCGCCAGCCGAGCUUUUCGGGCAGCAUAAACGGCACACUACGUUCGAGCAAGAACAACGCGUUGAUCAACGGCCUGGGCAGUCCUAAGCUCUAUCCCAAGGCUCUGGAGUACGAGUCGGCAACGUUAAAACGCAACAGCCGUGAGCAACACAUACGUGCUGAGCUCGAUCAGGCGAAAUACUACUGAAGGAUAGACUGCUCGGGAUUUUAAGACUGUUAGGAUGUGCACGAGUUUACACUGAGACGGACGUUUUCUUCUCUUGUAAACGCUGUACUGAAAUACGGGAAAAAGUGCCUUUAUGACUCGGUGCUCGACGCUGUUGAUUCGAAAUUACGAGGUGCGUCAAAUCGUUGUUGAAUUGUUUAUAGUUCGUUUUUAAUGACCACGAAGCGUCAAGCCCCUCACGAUAGUAUCGAUAAUGUCUGUGCGUCGUAUUUCCCUUGUUGUAUACGCGAACGGCGAUGUAAAAAAUGCCACUUCGAGAGAAGUCAGAAACAAAAAUGUAUUUUAAUGACUGCCUUCGACGUUGACGACCAUAACGAUUAGAUGGCGAGAGAAAAAAGAAUACGCGAGGCGCUCGGCAAUACUAAUUUUAGGCGAGUAAAGCACAAAGCCGUAGUCAUGGGCUUGAGACGUAUGUUAUAUAUUUAUAUGCAGGCUGUUCGUAACCUUUUUUACGCCGCGAAGAAAGAUUUUUACGAUUUGUUUUUUUAUAUACGCGCGAGUUUAAAAGUUUAUGUUAUAUUUUCGUUGUGUACAUAUAGCGUGUGCGCGAGUGAGUGUUUAUGUGUGUGUGUGUGUGUGUGUGUGUGUGUGGGUCCCCUUAUGAUCGAUUGGGCAUUUUGUCAGUGCACCUGUAAAAAGAUAUUCACCUACGCAUUAUUAUUACUACUUAAGAAUUGCGCAUUAUUGCUAUAUUAUAUACGAUCACCUCAUGGGAGCAAGCGAGAGUGUUAGCGUGCGCGUGCAAAGGGGGUAGAGUAUAGCGUAAACGAAGCCUAUAUUUUUUGUAAAUAAACAAAAAGUGUCUAUAUAUGAUAAAAAAUGUUUUUAUAUGCUAUAAGCGCAUUCAGAACAAAUUUACUAUAACGUAAUAUACUAUAUAGAAGUGUAUAUUUUUUCUCUAUAAGCAUAUAAAUGAGCAUAUAAACAAGCACAGUGCCAUGCGACAAUAAGAAACGUGCCACUCGAAGCGUUCGUCCAUAUUCAUGCAAGAGUUGCGCUAAAAACGGCGAUUUUCGGACGACGAGAAGAGCGAAGGAGAGCGGAAGCCAGCGAUUUAUUGGCUCACAUUGAGCCGCUGCCGCCUGAUGAGUCAGCGAUUUUUUUUGUCCCGCUGCUCUCCGUACACGUCUGUCCCGAGGGCGGAAGCGGCCGUUCGUUAGCUGCCUUACUUUUUGCGUGCGCGGAAAAACAAACCGCGAACGUGUUCUGCGUGUCCACCGCGCAGUGUAUAUCGUAUACUUGCAUAAUGAGAAUCAUGAGACGUACGAGUGUGUCUGUACACGGUUGACAUUCUUAUACAAGCUGAUAUUUUUCUGUCCUUUUAUCGUACAUUUAUACAAUAAACAAAUGUUUGUAAGAAGA